AUGUCGGGACGCGGACGGGUCGACUCGUCGGCGCUGGAGAAGCGGCUGGACGAGAUGGAGGCCUCCAUGGACGUCGAGUUUGAAAAGCUGCAGUCGCUUAUCUCGCGCCAGAAGCGGCGUGGGUCGUCGGUGGACCUGGCAACGAGCACGGGCUCGGCGGGCUCGUCGCCGGCACUGGGCCUGGCGACACCUACUAUCGACACAAACUUGUCCUCGCGGUCCAUUUCGGGACUUUCGCCGGGCGCCGCCGACGUCGCAGGCUCGCCUGGGCGGCGUGUGGGGCGGUCGCCACGGUCGGGCAAGUUUCCGUCGGCGGCGUCGCCGCGGGCGUCGCCACGGUCGGCACGGUUCCCGCCGCUCUCGCGGCCAGCUCACUCGGCAGGCGACUUGCUCAGCCGCGACGGGCCGGAGCAAGGCGGUGGAUCCGCCGAGUUUGUUGUGACGCCGGUCAAGGCGCAACGGCGGAACUCGUCAUCGGGCUCGCUCGAGUUUUCUGAUGACUCGGCCGACGGCGGCGAGUACGGGACCAUGGUUCGUGCCCGCGGUGGGAGCGCAGGCCAGGCAGCCGAGGACGAGGAGUCGAGCUCGAGCGUGGAGACCGGGACCAUGGUACCGAAUCGCGCGGCCGCCGGAGGCGACGAGGCUGCAACCGACGAGGAGGUCAAGUACUAUCACCAGCCCAAGCGGAAGAAGAAGCGAAAGGACGACCCUUCGCUGCCGCACCGGUACCGUGACGGGCGGCGCGGGUCAUCGGCGUCGAGCCUCCGACCCAGCUCGGGCACCUCGAAGCGGCGGACAAGCUCGCGGUCGGCAUCGCCGGCGGUGGCGGCGGCAGCAGCGGCGGCCGGCCUCAACGUAGUUGGCUAUCCGCGAUCGAGCUCGCCCGGUGGGAGCUCAGGCGGGGCCGGGUCAGACAGGGUCCGGCGUCACCGGCGGAGCUCGUCGCGGGCGCGGGCUAGCGAGGCGGGUGGCGGCGGGCGGACAGCGACGAACAGGCGGGCCGAGUCGACGGCAAACAAGCGGAACGGGGCGGACUCAUCAGGCGACGGCGACGAUGUGUCGACGCUGCGGCGGAAGCGGCGCCGGCGAAAGCGGCGGUACGAGGACCUGCGGGUGCUCUCGGUCGACCAGCUCUCGGCCCGGCUGGUGGUCCUGGAGGCGCGGCAGGCGGCGUCGAUCAACAAGUGCAAAGCCAACUACUCGGCGCUGCGGCUUGUCAUCUCACGAAUGAUCGAGAUCCAGUCUGCGCCGUCACGGAGCAAGCCGAAGAGCUCAAGCCGGAGCUCGACGUCGCGCGACCGGGCGUCGCGGUCGUCACGCCGGCGCAAGGCCCCGUCGUCGUCGGCCUCGUCGUCGCCAGACUACGGGACCUCGGUCCGCCGACGGACAACAGGCGCCUCUGCCUCAGGCUCGGACGUCUCAGGCUCCGGCUCGGGCUCGGGCUACGACUACGGCACGGCGGUGAUGCAAAAGCCAAAGGUCAAACCGUCGUCAGACGGCGGCAAGCGCGGAGGCAAAGCCAAGGCCAAGAGCACACAGCCCGAGACCGAGUUUGAUGCCUGGUUUGCCCAGCAGCAGAAAAGGUAG